GACACAGCUUGUACUCCGCAGCAGUCCCUCGGGUAGGUAUUUGCGAUGAUCUGGAUGUCAACAGAUGCAUAAGGGGCUGGUGAAGUUUGGAAAAUGCAGCACACGGGCGUGCGCGCAAUGACCCGCCGUAGCCACUGGGGGACGAGCAAGGUCUUUCUGCGCUGCAAACGUGACUAUCUCGGCGGAGCUCAGCUCCCCAAAAACACGAGCACAAUGCUCAAUGGGCGAGACUGAGCGGCAGACAGAUGCGCGCUGCGCAUACUUACCUAAGGCUAUUGACAUGGCAUCCUAAAACUUUGAUACAUCUCGACUCUGACGCUGCUCGUUUGAUUUAUCGAGCCACGCAGCAUGCUCUUGGCAGCAGCACCUGCUUUUUGCUGUUGCUGGUGUCAGACGGAUUCAGUGAUUCAUUCAUAUAGCCACUGAAGGGGCAGAGGACGGAACAAACCUACACCCCACCCCUCCCUCACAGCGAAGAUGGUAACCAGUGAUUUCAUAGGUGCAAAAGUCUCUACGGCGACUGAGCACCUCGGAUAACGGACCGAGUCGCUGUCUUCUCUUGUAUCCAGUUACCUUUAUGGAUAACAGUGACAGCAGUGCGCGCCAGCUAACCAUAUGGAUUCUAUGGCACUCUUGGGCACAUAUCCCUAAUGAUGUCACCAGAAACGCUCUUGUUUCACUACAGUUGUUAAAGUCCAAUUACAAUAAGUAAAAGUGCAUUUAAAGACCAUAGAAACUACACUUGAACUACGCUUGCGUAUUUACAAGGCGAUGGACCACUAACAGCGCCAGUCAAGUGCAUUUAUGAACUUUAAUGUGCAAAUACGGUCUCGUGCUUAGCUUUAUUCUUUAUCCAAUUGCUGAGUUUUUUUGGGGGGUCCAACGUUUCAUAGUUCGUGAAGAUGGAAUUUGCUAUGGUGGGCGCGGACAGCGGGGGUUGCAACACCCACCUGCCCUACGGAUAUGCCCAGGCUCGUGCCAGAGAGAGAGAGCGCGAGCGGGAGAGACAGUCGCGCGCAGUGGCGGCGGCAUCGUCAGCUGAAGCUGCAACGGUUGGAGAGGGAGGUGGGUCAUGUGGCCAUCCCCACAACCACCCGCAUCAGAGUCGAACCGCCUCUUCAACGAAUGCCAACAACAGUAGCGCCGGGACCGCCUCGCGCCCCUCCUCCUCCCAGCAGCCGCAACAGCAGCAGCAACACCACGAGCCACCACAGCAACUUCUCAGAGAGAGAAAAAAGCAAAGAGGCGUCUCGCGCUGGAGACGGAACCGCGCGGCACUCGGUGGGGAUCUACGCCACUCAGAGUUGGCGCUCCUAGGGUCCGAGGAGGACAUCAUGAUUGAGGAGGACGAGGCAGAGGGCGAGGAGGAAGAGGAGGACAGGGGAAGUAAGAGAUCGAGUUUUGUCUAUAACAUGGAUGAUGAAGAGGAGACGGUUUCCUUAACGGACAGGCGUCCUCAGUCAGGGUACGAAAAUGUUUACAAUGAGUACGGCUGCUGCGAGAGAGUUGUCAUCAACGUGUCGGGCUUGAAGUUUGAAACUCAGCUGAAGACUCUCGCACAGUUCCCGGACACUCUCCUGGGGGACCCUGAGAAACGAAUCAGGUACUUCGAUCCUCUGCGUAACGAAUACUUUUUUGACAGGAACAGACCAAGCUUCGACGCCAUUCUAUACUUCUAUCAGUCAGGGGGGCGAUUAAAGCGACCCGCCAACGUGCCGUUUGACAUAUUUUCCGAAGAGGUGAAGUUCUAUGAACUCGGGGAAGAGGCAAUGCUCAAGUUUCGCGAGGAUGAGGGCUUUGUGAAAGAGGAAGAGAAGCCGCUACCCGAGGACGAGUUUAAACGUCAGAUCUGGCUCUUGUUCGAGUAUCCAGAGAGUUCAAGUCCAGCCAGAGGGAUUGCGGUCGUGUCGGUCUUGGUUAUCGUCAUAUCCAUUGUUAUUUUUUGUUUAGAAACAUUGCCAGAAUUCAGGGAUGACAAAGAAUUCCUCAGCCCAGGUAAAAAUUCCACACACGCAGACAAUGGAUUUACGCCAUUCAACGAUCCAUUUUUCAUCGUUGAGACAGUAUGCAUCAUUUGGUUCUCAUUUGAGAUAAUUGUCCGUUUUUUUGCUAGCCCCAGCAAAGCUGCUUUCUUUAAAAACGCCAUGAACUCCAUAGACAUUGUCUCUAUUUUGCCUUAUUUCAUAACUCUUGGCACAGACCUCGCUCAACAACAAGGCAACGGACAACAGGCAAUGAGUUUCGCGAUCCUGAGAAUAAUACGGCUUGUCAGAGUGUUUAGGAUCUUCAAGCUGUCUCGACAUUCUAAAGGUCUCCAGAUUCUCGGACACACAUUACGCGCAAGCAUGCGAGAACUGGCGCUGCUCAUCUUCUUUCUUGUCAUCGGUGUCAUUCUGUUCUCUAGCGCCGUAUACUUUGCGGAGGUUGAUGAGCCGUCGUCACAGUUCACGAGCAUUCCAGACGCUUUUUGGUGGGCUGUGGUGACCAUGACCACGGUGGGUUACGGGGACAUGAAGCCUAUAACAGUUGGGGGUAAAAUAGUGGGCUCGUUGUGCGCCAUAGCAGGUGUCCUGACCAUUGCGCUUCCAGUCCCCGUCAUCGUGUCCAACUUCAAUUACUUUUAUCACCGGGAAACUGAUAACGAGGAUCAGACGCCCAUUGUUGAACAGCCCCCACCAGGUUGCCCGUAUUUUCCGGAUUUCCUUAGAAAAUUAAAAGGGUCCCCAUCGGGUUCGUCUUUGGGUGACAAGGCUGCUGAGUAUAUGGAGAUGGAAGAAGGCGUCACGGAAUCUCUGUGCGGUGCUGACACGCAGAGCCCGAUUAGAGGGAACGGUACUGAUAUAGGCGGAAAAAACAGUUCACAUUCACGAACCCUACAGACAGAUGUAUGAUUAUAGAAAGACGAUAACCUUUUUUGAGAUGUUUUCGUGAAGAUGACGGCACAAAUAAACCAGUUAACAGCACACAUGCACGCAUGGUUGCGCUCUUACGACUUGAAGACAUACGCUCGUGCGCAAACGCACAGAUAAGCUCACACACUCAUACUCAAGUUAUGGACCUAAGCUGAAACAUUUUUGCAAUGUGGCUACAUUUGUAGAGAAACAUACCCUGUAAUCCAGUGACAGGCAACGCAAAAAUCACCAGCUUUACAUGACGUGGAGAGGAUAUCUGCCCACCUGUUCUGUUGAUAGAACUGAACAACUCCCUGUUCAUUAAAUGAAGGCAACAAAGAGAAAUUUGCAUAGGCACUUUAUGAGUUACUUUUGUCAGUAAUUGUAGAAGAGGCGAGUUCUUAUCCAAUGCUAUUAUGCAAUAACGUUAAAAUCGUUUGCACUAUCAUCAAUUAUGUUAUAGUCUCCUAGGCAGGGAGGAAGCACAUUGACUGAUAUAAUAAUAAUAAUAAUAUACAUCGUAUUAAUAAUUCGAAAUAAUAUGAAAUAACUACGCUGCAACAUAUUCACUGCUGAGAACAAAGAAAAUUAAUUCUAAAACUACUUGAUGUUUCCCAUAAUAAUUAAUUAUACUAUUUUUUAAUUAUUAAUUGGAGAGCAGCACGCAUGACAACUUAAGGCAAUAUUAUCCUAAAUCAAAUUUUGGCUAAAUGUGUCAGCAUGCCAGUAUUCAGGAUUUACUACAUUCUGGUAAAACCCUAUUAGCAACCCCUGUGUAGUUAUUUGUGCACUGUCCAGGAUAGCUGAAGAGUCAUUUUGAUCAGUUCCUUUGUGAGUAUUGAAUAACAAAACAAUCAUCUUUGUUUUUGUGAAACAUACACUGCACUCUUUUGUUUGUUAUUGACACAUUUUCAACACUCAUUCAUCAUGCGAGGAUUCGUUCUCUCCAAGCAUAAAUGUCACAAUAUGGUAAGCCGAUGCCAAAACACCGGUUUUACAUCCUCCAACAAAGUCAACGACACCAGGCUUGAAGGAUCAGUUUGGCUACUGCUUUCAAGUUACUGUUUUGGAAUUAUAAUUCAAGGGAAUGCUUCAUGCAACUAUUUCUUCGUCCCUUUACCAACUGUCAGUGCAUCCCUUUAUAAAAAUACUGACGGAAAUAACCAGUCAAGCAGGACUGAAGGGAACAUGAACUCGUCUCCAGCGCUUCGGUGGACUUCAUGCACAAGACUAGGCUACCUGCGUUCCGCAACGAACUCACGGAGUGCACGAUGACCGCUGAGCAUGCGCAGUUUACCAUGCAAGCCAAGUGUUACGAGUCUUGCCUACGAGAGACUUUUCCGUCAGCCUAUGAACUCCUACAGUACAGAGAUGAAUGGACAUGGCUGGCAGUCAGUGGACGGCAAGUGGACCGCUGGUGUCAUGGACACUGCAGCCUCUCCAUCGAGCAGUAGACAGGAAGUCCAUCAUCAAGCCAGGUGUCGAACUGUUUAAGACCCACCCCAACAAAUGCCUUAAAGACACAGUACACUACAUCUCUAUGUAGAGGAACCUGCAGCAGGAGACUUCUUUACAAAGCUUGACAUGUUUUCAUUUUCUUCUUUACGAGUGAUUCAGUGUCUUGCAAGAACAGAUGUGAAUAUUUUCUUAUAAUAGAGAAAUAUUUGUUUGGGUGUAAUAUUGCCACUUGGUUUUGUGUGGUAGGCCUGGUGAAAGGUGUUAAAUAAGUGAAGGGAAAGUCUACUGUUUGUCUGUGGCAGCCUCUUCCAUCUAGUUUUAUUUUCAUUCCUAAACCAAAAGACUGCUGGCUGGAAUUAAGAAAUUCAGCAGCACUGCUCAAUGAUGUCAGUCUGGACUCCUUCUGGGGUCACACAUUUACAGUAUAAAUGCAGGGUCAAAGUCACAUUCCCCUCACUGGUUUUCGCGAGACCUCAAAUAACAAUCAUCCGCUUUUAGAUAAGAGUAGCUGUGUCCUAGUCAUAAUUCCUAAAGUAAACAUAAGUAAUAGUUGGACCUAAGUGUUGCUGUUUUGAGGGCCUUGGUGGUCUCCAAGGUAAAGAUAUAAGCACAGGGAGUGAAUUGCGGGUACCAUCAGGUUCGGUGGACAGCUGGUUGACGUUCAUGCGAGUCGGUGCAGCACUGGACUGAUGCCCAGCGCUCAGAUGGCGAGCCGAGUCUGUUUAUCUCAGCAGUCGCAUCAGUCUGAAUCCACUUUAAAUGACAGCGACGUCCCAUUUAGACCCACAUCUACAGAUGGAUUUAUAAAUAUUACCAAUCGGUUUAUUGAAAUAGGAAUAACAAGAGCACUGCAGCACUUCUAAAGCGUAUUACAAUGCUGUUCUGUUGUAAACUGGAAUUUUGUUUGUGCAAUUCAAUUCCCCUCUUUUGCAAUCCCCUCUAUAAAUAGUGGCCUCAAACAGAAGACUGCAAAUUACAGUGCCCCACACCGACAGUUUGACAAUAAAGCCAGAUCUAAACAGAUCUGCAAGUCAUAUUCCCAGUGAACUAAUACUCUUAGCGUCGUGAGACAAAAACACAGGGAGAGUCUCUUCUACUUCUGUCCUUCGCUUCACCUCCCACUCCCGUUUCUUUCUUCAACACACUGGCACACAAUCGUUUUCCUUUCUUCCCUGCCUAUCUGACAUGCACCCAAGCAUGCAGACUUGAGCUUAUGCACACAUUCUAUUCUCUAGCUCUGUCUGUUUGUCUGUCUGUCUCUCUUGUUCCUGUAUCUGUCGGAAUCUACUCUGAAUAGACAUGUCCGAAUUUUAAUAAAGGAUAAAAGAUUUGUGGACUAUAUGAACUUCUAGAAUAUAAACACAAACAAUUUAUAGAAUGAACCAGCUGCUUUGUUGUCAUGGAAAUACAUUCAAGUAAUCUGUAUGCAAAGUUAUAUGGAAGUGUACUAUCUAUUUUUUUAAAUCUAGCCUUGAAUAUUAUAUAACCAAAGUUGAACCCUGAAAGUCUUAUGUUUUGCGUUUGGACCUCUUUUUAUUUCCUUAAGAGAUUUAGACGUGGUGAAAAUCAAAAGAUGCACAUGAAACGCGUAUGUACAUAAUCAGAUGUCUAUUUUAUUGUGUCCUCAAGGUCACACGUCAUUUUAGGCAGAUCUACUUUUUGACUGUUAGCCUUCUUGAGUCCCUGGCCCUGUCGUUCGUAUAAUUCCUGAUGGGUUUCGUGAACCUCGUGGAAGCCGAUCCUGCCAACUGCAGACUCUCCACAACUCUCUCUUUUUUAGCGUGUGUGGUAGUUAGAUUAUUGGACCUUCUAGCAGAGAACCGCUUGCUAAGUACUUUUCACAAACUGAACGCAAGGUGGAUCUAAACACGGAGCAUCGUGUCAUGUCACAUGCCGCAGAUCAGCAUGUGGCUGUAAUAUGUAAAUAUGUGUCAGUAAAAUGAUGAUGUCACAAUGACAUGUUGCUCUGUGCUCCGUGCAGUGGAUCGGAAUGGUUUACGUUCAAGAAUAAAGGAAUUCCUUAACAUCCGCGAUGCGCAUGGUUCUUUCAUUGUACACCGAGUCAACAGCCAAGAAUUAUCAGCCAACCGUGAGGAGACGUUGUUACCAUGGUGAUGCUCUGCCAGUGCUGACUGGUCAGCUGGGUUUGGAGGGAGAGAGGAAGCUUUGCCUUGUGAUAGAAGAGAAUUACGUGCUAAAUGAGACAUAUCAGCACAUCCUCUCGUUGAUUUGAUCAAUUAUUUUGUUCACAUUUGCUUUCGAAUUGUGGGCCUGUUUAGUUAACUCAUGUUGUUGAAUUUACAGAGGAAACAAAACGAGGAAUCUAAAAGCUCACUUAAAGGGAUAGUUCACCCAAAAAUGAGAAUUCUGUCAUCAGUUACUCACCCUCUUGUCAUUUCCAACAAAAUAAGAUAUUUAGUGAAAGUAACCCAUUUGUCAGGUGUGGUGACCCAUACCCAAAAUGUGACCUCUGCAUUUAACCCAUCCAGAGAGUAGUGAACACACGUACACCUGGAGCAGUGGGCAGCUAUCUCUGCAGCCUUUCUCAAGGGCACAUCAGUCGUUACUUGCCGGCCUUGAGAAUCGAAUCGGCAACCUUCUGGUCACAAGUCCGACUCUUUAACCAUUAGGCCACUACUUUCCCUCUUUAGAAGAAUGUUGUACCCAUUGACCUGUUGGUUUUGUCCACACAAUAGUAGUGAAUGGGUACCACCGUUGUUCAGUUACUAACGUUCUUCAAAAUAUCUUCUUUUGUGUUCUGCAGAAGAAAGAAAGUCAUACAGGUUUGAAAUGACAAGAGGGUGAGUAAAUGAUGACAGAAUUUACAUUUUUGGGUGAACUAUCACUUUAAAUGAUAAAACACACAAUGUACCAUAAGAAAUUCUGCUCUCUGAUUGAGAGGCAAAACCAUGAGAAAUAUAUCAAACAUAGAGUACCUGGAAAAGAAUGGUAGUACACCAAUGUGAUAUUUGAUGUACUGUAUAGACCAUAAAAUGUUGUUGUGUCUUUACUCACAGCAUGAAAUAUAUUGUUCAUUGUUGCAAGUGACUGCAGUCGUUUGCUCUUUGUUAAUGGAUUUCAGUGAGCUUAGAUCAAUUCUUUAGAAUCAUAAUUAGGCAUUUUUCACUUUUGUAAAGUGUUGUAAUGGACAAAGUGACCAGUGUAACACUUGACUACUCACCCUUGUCUCCAUACAGUAAUGAAACCGCGGGAGAACAUUGCUGACUGAGAAAGAUCACAUUCAAUUACCAGAUCGCUUUAUUAAUUCUGUCAAUCAUAUACCACUUUACCCUCUCAUACUUAGAUCGCUGAGAAAACGAUUACACACAUGGAUAACAUUUACUAACCAUUUCUGCCAAUUAGGAGGAGGGAUAGGUGUUCAGAAAUGAGAACUGGAUCAUUUUUGUAAUCAAUACACACGAGUGGGCUCUGCCUUUUCUGCUUCAGAAGUCCCGUCAAUGAGAGGUGUGUUGGGGUCAGCUCUUGUGCCUCCUAACAAACAUGCAGAAGGAGAUGCGUUCGGUGAGUCUGUAUUUCUUACAAUGAACAUGGCAGCAAAGUGUAUAGAAACAUCCCCAUCAAAGUAGUAAAUAAAUAAACCCGAUGUUCGUCCAUUCAUGUGAGUUCUGGAUGGGCUUGCCCUUUUCCUUCUGCAUGAUGCUUUGGUUUUGAAAACUUGCAUCCUGAUUGAAUAUGUAUUUGUGUUAUUUAUUACUUUUUGUAUAUUGGAGACCCUAUGUCAUUUUUUUUUAGACUUUAAUUCAUCAAUGAUUUUUCUACAUGCAUAUCAUUUUGUAGGCAGCAAUAUGAUGUGAUGGAAAUGAAAUUAUGUGCAAUGUUGAAAAUUCAAAAAGAAAAACACAAAAUAUAAUAUAUUCAAUAAAAAAAACAAAG